AUGCUAUCUUCCUUUUCGAACGAGGGAUAUUGCCGUCUUGUGCAGGACAACGCGCCACCACAUAAAAGUCGCUAUACGAGCGACAAGCUUAGGAGCUGGGGGGUCGAUACCAUGGCGUGGCCCGCGGAGUCACCCGACCUUAACCCAAUCGAACUCGUUUGGGGCAAUAUGAAGAUCUGUAUCAGGAAGCAAGGAGUCCGCAGUUUGAACGAUCUCAAGGUGGCUAUCGCCAAGUACUGGAAAACGCUCACCCCAGAAGUAUGCGCUCAAAUACACUUGGUGGUAUCAGGAGGAGGAUGGAGCGUGUUGUAG